CGAUAGAGUGGCUUACAAGUGGACAGGUUGAACAAUUGCCUCUGUUCAUUUGUUUUGGUGCGCGACGACCAGGCUCUGGCAACACUGUGGAGGCAAAGACAGAAGGACAAGCAGGGAUGGAGGUCCGUGUUGGCGUGGUGCUUCUGCUCCUGGGAGCGGCACCGACGCUGGCACUGAACAGUGUGACGAUAUACAACACCAGCGGGAUCAUAGAGGCACCGGCGGACUCUACCGGCGGCGGCUGGUACGAGCCCAACGCCAGGUACCUGUGGAUUCUGGACAUGCAGGACAGCGAGGUGAACAUCGAAGUGAGUCUGAACAUGGUCGAUCUCGGAAUGCCUUACACGAGCAUUCACGAUUCGAUGGUGAACUACACGGCGGGUGACUUCCUGCUGGUUGGUGCUGGUAACGAUAUUCUGCAAGGGGACGAGAUCAUGUUCUUCGGCAGGAGGUACGAGCCGGCGACGGUGACCAUUCGGAGCGGCGUUGGUCACAUCUUUUUCUACUCCUCCCAAAGUGUUAUCAAUGCCACGGGAUUCAACAUUACCUUCAACUCGACGGCCAAGAUCACCACGGAGGCCCCCACCACCACCACCCCGAUGCCCCCGACCUUGAGCAGCUCUUAUGUUCCCAUCUUAGGCAUUCCCGUUGACCAGUGGUUCAAUUACAACGACUCGUUCAAGGACGCUAUCUCGAGGAUGGCCACAGACUACCCGCAGCCGGAGUUCAACAUGACCACAGUGAAUGUGUCGAAAUCUGACGUCAUAAUCAACGACGCCAAGCACUGCCACCCUGACUUCUGCCCGAUGGAUAACUGUGUGGCCUACGACUUUAGUCUGGCAACGAUAGUGGAUGACGAGGUGGUGUUCAGCCAAGGGGAGCUGGACGACAUGCUGGCGGACCCCUCGGCGAACGAUUACAUUGCAGAGGUGUUCGGCGCAGAGUGUCAGAUCUGUGAGGAGGACCCGAAGCUCUCCAUCCUCUCCUACACGCUCAUCCCCAUCUGCUUCGUAAUCUUCGGCGUCGUCUUCGCUGUCGGGGCAUGGAAGCUCACCGACAGAUCAUCCUUCAGCCAAUCGCAAGAUAAGUACGAGCAGACGAAGAGGGAGAGGAUGGAGGACCAGAGACGGCGUUCUUCAGGGGACAUUUCCAUACUUGGUGUCGGGGGCAGGUCCAUCGCCUCGCAGGGCUCCUUCAGCUCAAGACGCUUCACUAUGCCCUUCCCGAAAGCCAAACGCGACGGAGACAGCGACAUAGAGGAGGAGUUAGAGAAGGAGGCUGCCGAGGAGGGGGGCUACACCUACUUCGACCCUGACCUCGGAAUCGCUAACCCGGCACAGUACGGCUUAGGAGGAGUGGUCACGGAUUUCACGCGGAAGGGCCAGGAGUCGCACGCCUACACCAACCAGGCCUUCGUGGUGGACGAGGAGAACGCCCUGGCCCUCCAGCGCGCCUCCUUCGCCGACGACAGCGAUUCCAGUGACUCUGACAACGGCGGCGCCCUCAGCUUCAGGCCGAAAAGAAGGGAACUAACACCCAAGAACCAGAUCGAGGUUCCCGCAGACGUGCACAACCAAGACGAAGGAGAGACAGCCUUUUAAUGCAUUCUUGACCCAGCGCUGAUGAAGGGAGUGCCGCAACCUCUGCUCUGCUGACAUUGACAGGGAGACUGACCUAUUAGUCUUUUUUUUCUUUACCUCAGACACUGAAUCUACUGAGAGAGAGAGAGAGAGAGAGAGAGAGAUACGGUAAUGGUUGCAAGUUGUUCCUACUCCUGAAAGGGAACCAGUCUCAUUAACUCUUUUCAACUUCUGCUUUCUGCGUUCCCAUAUUUGUGGUCAGAUGAUAAAAAUCUUAAUUGUUUAUGUGCGAGCGACCGAUAUAAUAAUCAUUGUAUGACUUACAUGACGCUGAUUUGACUUCUGUACGUCUAAUAAACUUAUCUAGUCAUUUAAA